AUGUCUCGAGAAGGCGAAGGCGGUUCGCGCGGUGAGUAUGUGAAGGACAUCCUGUCUCUAAAGGCCUCGCAGCAGUACAAGUACUCCAACCUCCAAGCCGACAGAGAGAUCCGUCUCUUCAAAUUUGCACGAGGAUGCAAUGCAGCAACGAUCCGUCUCACCAUCGAGCGAGUCAGCCUGGAAGACCUUCCGGAAUAUGAAUGCAUCUCUUACGUCUGGGGCGACCCGAGCGAGACUAGGCCUGUCUAUGUAGGCCAGGAUGUCAUUUGUGUGACGACAAACCUUUGGAACGCUUUGCAAAGACUCAUAGGUGAAGUGUACGACGAGCGAAAUGAGUGGAGAUUUUGGGCAGAUCAGAUCUCCAUCAACCAAAGCUGCCUUGAAGAAAGAGCAGAUCAGGUUCCACUGAUGUCGCAAAUCUUUCCAAGGGCCAGACGAGUGAUCUGCUGGCUUGGGGAAGAGGACGAGACGACCGCUGCAGCGGUGUUGGUGUUGGACGCAUGGUGUAAAGCACGACAUGAUGAAGCUUUGCGGCUCCAACUGAGCGAGGAUUUGAGCCGUGCCAUCGCACAUGAAAGACAUGACGAGGUCACUGGUAUCAAAGCCCUGCGGAACCUUUUCACUAGAGACUGGUUCAAUCGGAUGUGGACGCUCCAAGAGAUUUUCGUCUCCAACACGACUGGACACAUUGUGCUUUGCGGCUCUUACGCAGUCUCCUGGAAUAACGUCUGCAUUGCCUGCAUGACCAUGACCAACGCAAGGCCGAUGACCGAUAUAUACGAUGUCUUCGGAGACAACUUUGACAACGUAGUGAUGAUGUUCACCAUUUAUCUUGGCGAGCAUGAGUCCGACUGGAUCAGGAUGUCAACGCUACUGCCAGACGCCAAACUUCGGAAGGCAUCUGAUGCCCGGGAUCGAGUGUAUGCUCUCCUAGGUAUAGCGGAACACAAGGGAUACCGAUAUCCCAAGCCCGACUAUGGUAAGAAUGCCACGCCGGCUCACGUUCUGACAAAAUACACUCGGGCCAUCAUCCAGCAGGAGAGGAGUCUGGACAUCAUGGGUAUUAAGAAACAAGCUUUGUCGGAUGGCAUUCUCCCCAGCUGGGUCUUCGAUCCUAACAACGCGGGAGGAGGCUUGCUGAGAGAGCGAGGCCUCAAUGCCCGGAGGAGAGGUGCUGCAAGCUCGUUUGAACCUGCGAUGGAAGCGCUUGGGUCGACAUCUGAUAACAACUGCAGCAUCGGGCUCUAUGGCAGAGACAUCGGCCGUAUUUCCAAGAUCGUCGACUUCGACCAGUUUUAUGAACGAAUAGAUCCCUUCUACAGCCGCUGGGAAGACCUCAUUGCCGAAGGCAAACGGCUUGGCUACGAAUUGGGUGUUGGUCACACGUAUCACGUCACUUCAGAGGGGUCAGUGGCCGCCGUGCUGAAAACACUUGCAAUAAACGACCUUUGGCUUGGUUGUCCUACAGAUGCAAAGGGUUACACGCGCGAGAAAAGGCGACUGCACGAAGCCUUCCUCCAGUGGAGACACACACCUAUACAGGAUGAAUCGGAUGCCAUUGCCGGACCUUUCAGGCAUGAUGCUGACCACGACUGGUCUCAAGAUAGCCUUUUCGACUUUGCUCGGAGCCACUUUCGCUUCGAGGGACCCGCAGAAUGCAACUGUCUCGAUACAAGCGGAGAAUAUCAGGGCAGUAAGGCUCAGUUGCUCAAAUGGCUGGAAACAUAUAUCUGCGUGUAUUUGCGCCUCAGACUCGCCGACACGCUGCAUUAUAUGCACCUUUCAGUCACGGACACGGGACUACUGGCGCUGGUGCCGCACAUGUCGACGCUGGGGGACAGAGUGUGUGUCCUACUCGGCGGCUUCAGUUGUUUUGUACUUCGGGCAUCUAGAGACGAGUCGAGCUUUCGAUUACUUGGACCUUCAUACGUUCAUGGAUCUGAGGACGGUCGCUUCCUGCAAGAUUAUGAGACGUUUGGCGACACAUCUUCAGUGGAUAGGUUCAAUUUGGUAUGA